AUGUAUCACGAGCAGGGCUGCGAUGUUAUGGUCACGGGCCACUCUCUCGGAGGAUACCUCGCUGAAGUCGUUGCCACUUCACUAGGCCUUGCUGGUGCUGGUUUCUGCGCGCCCGGCCCGGGCUUUCACAACGGUGAAGGAGACGGCAGGGGCUUCGUCACGAUCAACCACGAGGCUGACGUCAUCGGGAAUCACAAUCAUGAUUUCCACGUGCAGCCGCCCGUGUACAUCGUAGACGGUGGCCUGCUCGUUCUGCCUUGGACUGCGCAUUCCAUGGCCGAAAUGGCUCAACAUGUGCUUAAACGCGAG